UCCCCAAGGAAAAAGCAGGUCUCUCCAGUGCCUUCCAGGGGGGUUAUGGGUUAACCUCUCAAGAGGCCUACAGCUGGGGGGGCCUGGAGUCAGAGAGUAUUAGCACUCAUAGUGUAGGUACAUCUUCUAGUUGCCACUAUGAACCCUUAAGUUAGUGUGUUUUUCCCAUCAUGGAAGUCUGCAGGCUUGAGUCUGUUUGGCACAAGGUGGCUUUAAUUGCGUCGGGCAAGUCCUAAAAACAGGUCUGGGGCUCGGACAUGAGCUCCCAAGAGACCCCACAAGCUCGGAGAUUUCCCAUAGAGGCUGGAGAUUCUCCCAGCCUGGCAACGGCCCCCGAAACUCAGGAUCCAGUUACCCCUGAGCGCACUACAACAAGGCAGCUGCGAAGAUGUCCAGGGUGUCACUGCCUGACCUUGCCUAACGUCCCCAUCGACGUCUACAUUGCCAUGGGUGGAAGCCACAGGCCACGGACCACCUGAAGCCUUCCCCAGGUCGGACUCCAAGUGCUGAGGCCACGGCGGCUGUCCCUGGAAACACACUGGCAGCCGGACAACAGCAAACCAAGCCACACAGAACGGCGACGCACAUUUUAAUAAAAGGACACCUUAAAAUGUUUCUGUGCACCCUC